AUGUCUCGGGUCGGUGUGUUUGGCCAGAUUUCCGAGAUCACCAACGAUCUCUUCUUGUCCGGUGCUGGAUGUUUGAAACCGGAAAAAAUCAAGCAAAAACGGAUAUGCUUUAUAGUGAAUGCGACCACAGAAGAACCGAACGCAUAUAUUCAAGGAGUUGAAUAUAUGAAAGUUCGGAUAGAUGACCAUCCAUAUGCACGUAUUCAGGACUACUUUGAUCAAGUAGCAGACAAGAUCAAGGCCGUUAAGGUAUGGUUCAGUUACUUGAGGAAAAUUCUUGGAAAUGCCAGAAGCACCUGA